AUGUGGCGAUGCCUAGCGCCGCCACGCACGGAAGAGUUCUUCGCCCGCCUGGAUUGGAUGCAUGGCGGCGCAGAGCUCUGGAAGUUCCUGGAGCCCUUUUCCCCAGCCAUCCUCACUGGCUCCCCAUCUGGGGAUUGGGCCGGACCCCAGAAGGUGCGUUGGUGCGAGAAGAACCUCAAGGUUCCAGCGGAGCGCGUUCUCGUCGUGGAUGCCAGUGACAAGCAUCUCUUCAGCCAUCCCGGUGCAAUCCUGGUGGACGACCGGGCCGAGUAUCGUUUGGAGUGGGAAGCCCGUGGCGGCAUCUUCGUCCACUGCACAGAUGCCCAGGCAUCGAUCGAGAUGGUGCAGCAGGCCUUGCACAAACUCACGAGCCCUGGCCCGCUGCGAUGUGCUGACCUGUGCGUUGAGGAGGACACCGGGGUGGAGCUGGAUGCCGUCCUUGUGGCGGCUUGA